UUGCUCCCUGCGCGGACUGUGGACGCAGCAGUGCGGCGCCUCUGCAUGGACCUGAGCGCGCAACUCCUUUCCAGACCUGCGCUGCAGCCGCCAAAGGACUUUCCUGCAGGAUCCUCUGGAGUUUAUACUACUUUACAAUUUAGCCAAAAUGUACUCUCCUGCUUUGCUGAUGAUGCUGGUGGCCGGAAUCUUCGCUGACAGUCUGGAAGGACCAACAGCUGGCUGCACCUUCAAUGAUGACUCGGACCGUGGCUUGUGUGAGUACCGACAGGGCCAAGAGGACGACUUUGACUGGCAGCUGAUGAGAACCUACAGCUGGCCACACCCAACGGCAGACCUUCUGCGAGGAUCUUUCAUGAUGGUCAAUUCCUCGCAGCAUUUGGGGGGUCAGCGGGCUCAGCUGCACCUGCUUCCACUCAGCGAGAAUGACACCCACUGCAUCCAGUUCAGCUACUUCCUGUACAGCCGUGAUGGCCACAGCCCCGGAGCCCUGCACGUUUACAUCCGGGUUAACGGGGGCCCCAAAGGAAGCGCUGUCUGGAAUGUCUCAGGCUUGCAGGGACGCCAGUGGCACCAGGUGGAGCUUGCCGUCAGCACUUUCUGGCCCAGUGAAUACCAGGUCGUCUUUGAAGCAACCGUGUCCGAGGAGCGCCAGGGCUACAUUGCCUUGGACGACAUUGUGCUGCUCAAUUACCCCUGUUACAAGGUGUCCCAUUUCUCUCGGCUGGGUGAUGUGGAAGUGAAUGCAGGCCAGAAUGCCUCGUUUCAGUGUGUCGCCACCGGCAAAGUUUCAGAGUCGGAGCCUUUCCUGCUGGAGCGUCGAAAUGGCGUGGUGCUUGACACACCCUUGGUGUCGCGGUUGAGCCACAAGAGACUGAUGGCAACCUUCCAAGUGGAAGCGCAGCGUGGAGAGCAGGACCUCUACCGAUGCAUCACCCUGUCACAGAGAGGUGCUACUGUGUCCAACUUUGGAGAGCUCAUUGUCAGAGUGCCUCCGACACCGAUCGCACCCCCACAGCUCUUGCGGGCAGGCCCCACCUAUCUGAUUAUCCAGCUCAACACUAACUCCAUAGUGGGGGAUGGACCAGUUAUCCGUCGGGAGAUCCAGUACAGAGCCAGCCAGUCCACAUGGAUGGAGACUCACGGCGUUGGCUCGCUCACCUAUAAGGUGUGGCACCUGGAGCCCGACACAGAGUACCAAAUCAGUGUGUUGCUCACUCGGCCUGGCGAGGGCGGCACCGGAGCGCCUGGACCACCGUUGGUCAGCAGAACCAAGUGUGCAGAGCCCAUGCGUGCCCUGCGUGGUCUCACGGCGACAGAGAUCCAGCCCCGAAUGCUGGCGCUCCAGUGGGAGCCUCUUGGCUACAAUCUCACCCGCUGCCACACCUACUCCUUAUCCCUCUGCUACCGCUACUCCAUGCCAACAGGGGGCAGUGGUGGAAACAAUGCCACUGUCAGAGAGUGCCUGUCAGUGGAUCGCAACACGUCUCACUUUACCCUGAGGGACCUGCCACCCUUUCACGCAGUCCAUGUGCGACUCUCACUGGCCAACCUGGAGGGCAAGAAGGAGGGCAGAGAGAUCACCUUCCAGACUGAAGAGGACAUUCCUGGCGGCAUCGCUUCGGAGUCCCUGACCUUCACGCCGCUUGAUGACAUGAUCUUCCUCAAGUGGGAGGAGCCCAUAGAACCCAACGGACUUAUCACGCAAUAUGAGAUCAGCUACCAAAGUAUCGAGUCCUCAGACCCCAGCAUCAACGUACCCGGUCCCCGCCGUACCGUGUCCAAGCUGAGGAACGAGACAUAUCACAUGUUCUCUGGUCUGCACCCAGGAACCACCUACCUGGUGUCUGUCCGAGCCCGGACCGCCAAGGGCUUCGGCCAGACGGCGCUGACGGAGAUGACCACCAACAUCUCCGCACCGGUGUUUGACUACGAAGUCAUCCCCUCACCGCUGAGCGAGUCGGAGAACACCAUGACCGUGCUGCUGCGACCCGCCCUGGGGAGAGGAGCACCUGUCAGUGCCUACCAGGUCGUGGUGGUGGAAGAGGAUUGGUCCCGCCAGGUGAGAAGAAGGGAGCUGGGUAGCGUGGACUGUUUUCCAACUCCAAACUCGUACAGUGAGGCCCAGGCCAAAGGGGCCCCACAUUACUACACAGCGGAGCUGGCUCCCAGCAGUCUGCCCGAGGCCACGCCCUUCACCGUGGGGGAUAACCACACGUACAACGGCUACUGGAACAGUCCUUUAGACCCCACCAAGAGCUACCUCAUCUACUUCCAGGCAUCCAGCUACUUCAGAGGGGAGACGAGAAUCAAUUGCAUUCGGAUUGCUCGCAAAGCUGCCUGUAAGGACUCUAAGAGGGCUCUGGAGGUGUCCCAGCAUUCAGAGGACAUGGGUCUGAUCCUGGGAGCCUGUGCUGGAGGUCUGGUGGUGCUCAUUCUGCUGCUGGGGGCCAUCGUCAUCAUUGUCAAGAAGGGAAGGGACUUCUAUUCUUACCCUUACUACCCCAGGAAGAAGGUAGCCAUAAACAAGGCAGCCAUGUCCUACAGGCAGGAGAAGAGUCGGAAGCUGAGCUCCGUUGACUGCAGCCUGACAGAGCAGAGCACUCUCCAGCAAAAUGAAAGGAUGGCCCACUCUUUCAUGGAUGCCCAUGGCUGCAGCACUCGAAAUGAGCCACGCAGCUCCGUCAAUGAGUCAAGCAGCUUACUGGGAGGCUCUCCCCAACGUCAGUGUUGCAGAAAGACCUCACCAUAUCACACGGGCCAGCUCCACCCAGCCGUACGGGUGGCCGACCUCCUCCAGCACAUCAACCAGAUGAAGACAGCAGAGGGAUACGGCUUCAAACAGGAGUACGAGAGUUUCUUCGAUGGCUGGGAUGUCACAAAAAAGAAAGACAAGACCAAAGGAAGACACGACAGCUUGCUCACUCAUGAUCGUCAUAGAGUGAAGCUCCACUCCCUGCUAGCGGACCCCAGCUCUGAUUACGUCAAUGCCAACUACAUCGAUAUUCGGAUAAACAGGGAAGGUUACCAGCGAUCAAACCACUUCAUCGCCACUCAAGGCCCCAAGCAGGAGAUGAUCUACGAUUUCUGGCGCAUGGUUUGGCAGGAGAACUGCUUCAGUAUCGUCAUGAUCACGAAGCUGGUGGAGGUAGGCAGGAUGAAGUGCUGUAAGUAUUGGCCUGAUGACACUGAGCUCUAUGGUGACAUUAAGAUAACUCUGCUGAAGACAGAAACUCUGGCAGAAUACACAGUGAGGACCUUCGCCAUGGAGAGGAGAGGUUACCCUGCUAAACAUGAGGUCUGCCAGUUCCACUUCACCUCCUGGCCUGAGCAUGGCGUGCCGUACCACGCCACCGGUCUGCUGGCUUUCCUGCGCCGGGUCAAGGCCUCCACACCCCCAGAUGCUGGACCGGUGGUGGUGCACUGCAGUAUUGGAGCAGGCAGGACUGGCUGCUACAUCGUGCUGGACGUCAUGCUAGAUAUGGCCGAGUGUGAAGGAGUGGUGGACAUCUACAACUGCGUUAAGACCCUCUGCUCCCGUCGUAUCAACAUGAUCCAGACUGAAGAGCAGUAUGUGUUCAUCCAUGAUGCCAUCCUGGAAGCCUGUCUGUGUGGAGAAACAGCCAUCUCUGUUACAGAGUUUGCCCUCACUUAUAAGGAAAUACUAAAAGUCGACUCUCAAAGCAACACUUCACAGCUCAGAGAGGAAUUUCAGACUCUGAACUCUGUGACUCCUCACUUGGAUGUGGAGGAGUGCAGCAUCUCUCUGAUGCCCAGGAACCGCGAGAAAAACCGCAGCAUGGACGUCCUGCCUCCGGACCGCUCCCUGGCCUUCCUCGUCGCCACUGACGGGGAGAGCAGCAACUACAUCAACGCGGCGCUCGCCGACAGCUUUCUCCGACCCGCUGCCUUUGUGGUGACGCCGCAUCCACUGCCCGGUACCACCGGCGACUUCUGGAGGCUAGUGUAUGACUACGGCUGCACCUCCGUGGUGAUGCUCAACCAACUCAACCAGUCCAACUCUGCCUGGCCUUGUCUACAGUACUGGCCGGAACCAGGGAUGCAACAGUUUGGGUCCAUGACAGUGGAACUUCUGUCCAGGACUGCAGAUGAGGACGUAAUAAUCCGCCUCUUUAGGAUUCAGAACAUCGUCCGGCUUCAGGAAGGCCAGCUCGUGGUGCGUCACUUCCAGUUCCUGCGCUGGUCCCCAUACAGAGAUGUGCCAGACUCCAAGAAAGCCUUCCUCAGCCUUUUGGCUCAGGUUCACAACUGGCAGAUGGAGUGUGGGGAGGGACGCACGGUUGUCCACUGCCUGAAUGGCGGCGGCAGGAGUGGCACGUUCUGCGCCUGCACCAUGAUAUUGGAAAUGAUUCGUCAUCACAGCGCGGUAGACGCGUUCUUUGCUGCCAAAACGCUGCGCAACUCAAAGCCAAACAUGGUGGAGAUGAUGGAGCAGUACCGGUUCUGCUAUGAGUUGGCCCAGGAGUACCUGGACUGUUCGGAAGUCAGAUAGCACCUGUACCUUUCUCAGUGUUCCUCCUCAAGGAAACGGCCUGGAUCCUGGAUCCCACAUCACGGAUCAUUGCUCCUUUCUCCUUAAUUGUUAUCUACAGCUCUGGUUAUCAUCUGUGCCAUGCCUUGAUGAAACAUCAUUUGCCUGUGGGGCUCAUUGAGAAAGCUCACUUGAGAAUUUGUAACAUACUACUGACGACAACAUUUUUGCUUUUCCUUGGCUCUUUGAUCCAUCCUGUACUCUCCUCUUCUAUUUUACAUCUACCAAAAUAGAGGACUCUAAACAGGAGUGGAGGUGACUUUAUGAAAGCAGCCUGACUAUAUGUUGUAUACCUCUCCAACAGGAUUAAACGAGCUCCUCUGUAUCCUGCCUUGUAACAAACACUGAAAGGGAGCUACAGAUAACUCUGAUGAAAAUUUGUGUUUGUUUGUAUCACUGUACAAUCUGCUGUUGGUGAACAUCCCACCUUGUAUUGUACUAUAUUUUAACUUUAUGUAAAAGAACGAUGACUGAAGUUUAAGAUGAGGGGAAAAAAGAAAAGCUGAUCUCACUUUGGAUGGAUAUAUCUGUACAGUGGAUUUGUCUCUGACCUAAUUUCUCUUUAUGUAUUCUUUAUGUAUAUAGAUGUUUUUUCCCCUUCUCUUGAGUGUUUCUAGUUGUUCUCAAUGUCUUAUCAAUGUGCCAGUCCAUUCUCUCUGUGUUUGGGGCUGGGGUUAGGGUUCAGCAUCUGCAUGCCCAGUGUCGUGUGUUUCAUUGCAGUGUGGCCCAAGUCUGGUUACGGGAGGUUUCUGCAUUUGAACCCUGACGUUGCUCCUAAGAGUGCGAUGAGAAUAAUUACAUGUUGCUUUGAGAGUAUGGCGAAAAUCUGUUGCUUUCUAAAUUUGUAUUUAUUCAAUGUGUUUUAUUUUCUAAAUAGUGUAAAGAAAAAUCGGUAAAGACAAAAUAAA